GCUGGUCUACGUAAUAUGACGCAAGGCGGGGGCGUGCCCGCGGUGCGCGCUGCGCAAGGCUGCUUGUUGUUCCCGCAGAGAGGCAAGAAGAUGGCGGCCGUGUCAAGCGGAGGUGCAGCUGGGUCCGCUGCGGCCGGGAUUACGCACUCUAGCCGACCGGCCGCAGGUAUCAGCGCCCAGAACCGAGCACAGCCAUCACCCGGGGUCAACCACCCCGGUAGACCUUCCCCGGCAACGGGGUGCAUCACUAACCCUGGCCACCCUUCAGGCAGCAGGCCCCCCCCAGCCCGAGUGGGCUACUACGAAAUCGAGCGGACCAUCGGCAAGGGGAAUUUCGCCGUCGUUAAACUAGCUACACAUGUCAUCACAAAAGCUAAGGUGGCGAUAAAAAUAGUGGACAAGACUCAGCUGGAUGAUGAGAACUUGAAGAAGAUCUUCAGGGAGGUCCAGAUCAUGAAGAUGCUGAGACACCCUCACAUCAUCCGCCUGUACCAGGUGAUGGAGACGGAAAGGAUGAUCUAUCUAGUAACAGAGUACGCCAGUGGAGGGGAAAUAUUCGAUCACUUGGUGGCCCACGGGCGGAUGGCAGAGAAAGAUGCUCGGCGGAAGUUCAAGCAAAUUGUGGCGGCGGUGCACUUCUGCCACUGCCGCAAUAUUGUGCACCGCGACCUGAAGGCCGAAAACCUGCUGCUGGACCACAACCUCAACAUCAAGAUUGCAGACUUUGGCUUCAGUAAUCUGUUCUCGCGAGGACAGCUGCUGAAGACAUGGUGUGGGAGCCCCCCUUACGCUGCUCCCGAGCUCUUUGAAGGGAAGGAGUACGAUGGUCCCAAAGUAGACAUCUGGAGUUUAGGUGUGGUGCUAUAUGUUCUCGUGUGCGGCGCUCUCCCCUUCGAUGGCAGCACCCUGCAGAACCUCCGGGCUCGAGUGCUCAGUGGAAAGUUCCGGAUCCCCUUCUUCAUGUCCACCGACUGUGAGUACUUGAUCCGACACAUGCUGGUCCUGGACCCCAGCAAACGCCUUUCCAUGGAACAGAUCUGUAAGAACAAGUGGAUGAGGCAAGGAGACCCAGACCCUGAUUUUGACCGGUUGAUAGUGGAGUGUGAGCAGGUGAAGACUGAGCGUGAGACUGAGCUCAUUAACGAGCAGGUGCUGCAGGCCAUGUCAGAGAUGGGUCUGGACCGGGAGCGCACACUGCAGUCUCUGCACACAGACGCCUAUGAUCACUACAGCGCCAUCUACAGUCUGCUGUCUGAACGGUUGAAGAAACACAAGACCCUCCGGCUGCCACCCACACCAAGGCCCAUGGGCUACCCCCUCAACACCGUACAGCAGGAUCAGGCCAAUCCCGUCAGCAUGAACGUCCCCCACGUCCAGCUCAUUAACCCAGAGAAUCAGAUUGUGGAGACGGACGGCACAAUGGCACUGGACAGUGACGAGGGCGAGGAGCCCUCCCCCGAGGCCAUGGCCCGCUACCUGUCCAUGCGCCGCCACACAGUGGGCGUGCCAGACCCCAGGGCAGAGAUGCAGGAGGAGCUGCAGAAGUUGACCCCUGGCUUCCCACGUACCGCGCCCCAGCCCCCCUUCCCCACGCUGGCCCCGACCCCCAUGGGCCAGAUGCACACCCUCAUGCCCACUCAGAGCCUGCAGCCCACCCAGCAGCUUGAGUACAAGGAGCAGUGUCUGCUGCAGCCCCCCACCCUGCAGCUGCUGAACGGCAUGGGGCCCCUGGGCCGCAGGGCUUCCGACGGAGGGGCCAACAUCCAGUUGCACGCCCAGCAGCUGCUCAAGAGGCCCCGCGGACAGUCCCCGCUGGUGGCUAGCCCUCACCCUAUCCCAGCAGUGGCCCCCGUGGACGAAGAGGGGUCUGAUGGCGAGCCAGACCAGGAGGCAGUGCAGAGGUACUUGGCGAACAGCUCCAAGCGGCACACCAUGCACGCGCCCAUGAGCACAGGCCUCGCCGCCGAGCUGGCCGCCGACCCCCAGAGGCCCCAAGGCUCCCGGCAGUGGGGCUGGGCCCCGGAGCAGCACCCUCGGACCUCUUAUAAGGACAGUAACACCCUGCACCUGCCCAUGGAGCGCUUCUCUCCAGUGAGGCGCUUUUCAGAUGGGGCCGCCACCAUCCAGGCCAUCAAAGCCCACCUGGAGAACAACACCCUCAUCCGACAGCUCAAACAGGAGUGUGAACAGCUGCAGAAGAUGUAUGCUGGGCCGCAUGAUGAGAAGCUGCUGGAGCACACUCAGCAGCAGCAUAUUCUGUACCAGCAGGAGCAGCAGAUUCUACACCAGCAGAUACAGGCCCUCUCUUUGGGACAUGGAGAAAGCCAGCCUGGCCAUCUAACUCACCAGCUACAGAGGUUGCGCAUCCAGCCCUCCAGCCCACCGCCUACACAUCCCAGCAAUCACCUCUUCAGGCAGCCCAAUCAGAGCCCGCCGCCCGGUAGUGCAGGGAUGAUGCAAGGACAUGGUGGGAUGCCUGGAGUGCAGUACCAGCACGCUCCUACCCUAUACCAGCCCUCGGGAGAGAGCCCGCCCCCCAACAGCAUGCCCCGCAUGGCCCUGCCCAAUCAGCAGCAGCAGCAGUCGGCAGGGCCUGCCCGCGGAGCCGUGGGAUUGGCCCAGGGCCUCCCACAGCAGCAGCAGGUGACCAUCCAGGUGCAGGAAGUGGAGCUUGGGGGCGGGGCCCAACGGCAGGGCUUCCUGUCCACACCGUGUGGCCACCGCGUCCUGGGCAAGCAACUGAGUGCCGACAACGCCGAGACGCACAGUCGCAGCCUGAGCCGGUUCCACUGCUCCUCCACGGCGUACGAUCAGUCCCAGUUUAACCCGCACCUGUUUGGCGAGGGGGCGCGGGUCGGGGCCAGCAUGGUGGGCGGCUACAACCCCUACCUGCAGGGCACCUCCCUGAAGGUGCCCGGCCUGGAUGGCUACCAGGGCGGCGGGGGCCCCGUGGGCAGCUACGGCAACCCCUCGGCCCUGCAGCAGGCCCUGCUCUCGCCCACCCCCAUGGAUUACCAGCGCCAGGCACAACCCCACGUCACACCCACCUUGCAGGGCCUGCUGUCACCCCGCCACUCGCUCACAGGCCACGACCCCCGGCUGCCCCCGCAAGACCUGGCCGCCCUGCUGAAACGGCAGAGCCCCCGCCCGGCCCCCACGUCCCCGGCCACCCCCCAGGACUAUGGUGAGCUGCUGCUGCUGCGCCAGAUGGGCCAGGGUGACGCCCUGGAGUCUCAACCACAGCCUCCCCAAGCCCCCGGGCAGCCCAUGGGCCAGCAGUACCACCAGCUGCUGCAGAUCCGGCCGCCCGACUGCCAGUCUGGGCCGGGAGGUCUGGCCCACUCGGAGAGCAUGGAGGAGGACGAGGUGCCGGUCGGCUACAGCCACGAGGGCCUGCUGGCUAAGGUGUCGGCCUGCGGGGAGCCGCACGAGCUGCUGGGGCCACCACGGGGAGCCACGCCACCCUACGCCUCGCCCACGCACAGACACGCCUACAUGAGGAGCGCCACAGCCAGAGACUCUGGGAGUGAGCAUGUGGACUGUCGGACGGCGGUGGGCCAGGUCAUGGAGGGCCCCGAUCACAACGGCGUGGGCUACGGGGGCCGGGGGCCGCAGGGGGAUGGGUACAGGACCCGCGGGCCCCUGCAGCGCCACCACACCAUCCAGAACUGCGAUGACGCUUACGACCAAGCAGAGCCCAUGUCGGGAAUGAGCCUAUUGGCUGGGAAGGCACUGAGCUCCGCCCGCAUGUCCGACAUCCUCAGCCAAUCAUCUCUGACUGGAAGCCAGCAGCUGCACCAGAGGGAGGAGUCAGUGUGUGACGUGGAGGGAGAUCUCCACUCUGCUGCCUGCUACCCCUCCUCCUGCACCAGCGACAUGCUCCUCAGCUACAAGCCGCCUGACCUGCAGUACAGCAUGGAGCAGGCAGGGGUCUAACACAGGGGCGUCUGCUGUGUAUAAAGGUCCAUAUCAGCCACCUGUGUUGAACAGCAUCAUGCCAAACCGCCAUUGUCUGUCUGGAGGGGGCGCCGUCAGUCUCGGGGGGGCAAAAGGGAGCUGGGGGUGGGGGGGGGACUGGGAGGUCUGCAGGUGAUCUAGCUGGAGGGGUUGUGGGGGAGGGGGGGGGGCAUAAGCCACCAACCCCUCCCUCACCCACUGCGCCUCUACAUUCAUCAAACAAUUGUUGCCAUUGGCUCUCGUCCUUUCAUUUGCUCUUCCAUCUGAUUGGAUAGGCACUGAGUGGCUCCUCCCUGCCCCGCCCUCCCCUCCUCUACCUGUCCUUCUCUUUCACCCCAUUUGCUGUUUUUUGUUUUUGUUUUUCCGCCCUAUAGCCCCGGCCCUCACCCCUUACCAGCCACCUCUCCCUUCACGCUCCUUUUCUUAACCGUUGCCAUAGCAACAUGCUCAUGCGCCUCAAGUUUUAAGGCAUAUACAGUCUUACACACACACCCACCCACACACACACACACACACACACACACACACACACACUUAACACAACACUGCGCAUUCACAGUACACAAAACACCCUGACAGAUGCGUCACAUUCAGCCACAAACCCAAAGUAUUCACAUCAGCCUGUGCUUGGGGGUGAGGGGUCGGUUUGGGCGCUCUUCCUCUCCUCUCCCACCCCCAUACCCUCCCUCUACUGCGUUCCAGUGGAUCAUUCCGGAGCGGGCUGUGAUCUCAGAGCCUCUGAUGCCCCCCCUCUCAGAGCGGCCCACUGUGCACAGCUGGCAGGGGGGCCCAGUGGACGCUCUCUAACCCCCCCAGUGGAGCUCAGUGAUGUGGAGAUCGCGCAGGACAGCAACCAGCUCUCGUUGUCUCUCUCUCUCUCUCUCUUUCUCUCUCUCUCUCUCUCCUUCUCCUCUUCUUCCUCUUCCUCCUCGUUGUCAUUCUUCUCUUAAUUUUUUUUUUAAAAGAUGCAUUUUUAUGGCUAAUGUUCAUGUAGAAAUUAUGAUCAUUAUUGUUACUAUUAUUGUUAUUACUGUUUUCUGUAAAAGAGGUUUUAUUGUUAUUAUGAUUAUAAUGAUUAUUAUUAUUAUUAUUAUUAUUAAAGGAGAAAAAAAAUGUUAUAUGUUGCAAGAAAGACAGCGUUUUGUUCUGAUCACAUAUGUAAUUCUGCACUUUCGGUUCCUGCAAUCUCUCUAGAUAAUAUUUUUUUUCUUUUCUUUUAUCUUUUCCUUUCCAAUGUAACGCUUGUUUUCCUGUAAUUCAAUUCUGUAUAGUUCUCCUUUUCCGUUUCCAGACGUCCUCUCCUCACACUCCCUCAUUCAUUCAUUUCAUCUCUCUGUUCUUCAUUCCAUCAGCGCUCUCUCCUCAUCUUCCUCCUCCUCCUCCUCCUCUAUCCGUUUGCACCCUCUCUUGUCAGUGACCGUUUGUGGCAUUGUGGGUAGUUUUGAUUGGACGUUCCCUCCCCCUGUUCCUGUACAGCAAUGCCAUGUAUAGACCGCAAACGCGAUUUCUGUAUCAAAGAGGUUUUUUUUUUUUUUCGUUUUUUUUAUUUUCUCUCAUUUUGUUGUUGUUUUUGUUUUGGAGGUGUUGGGGAGGCUAUUUUUAUAUUGUUGUUGAUUUGUACUUUUUGAUGUCUUGAGAUGUCAUCUUUGUUUUCCUGAAUAUUGAGAUUUUUAGCCAAAAGAGGACAGAGGAGACUGAGAGGCUCUUUUGUUAUCAUAAGUGAUUGUUUCUUAUUGUUUUAUUAUAAAAAAAAAGAAAAGAUAACUUGAAGAGGAGAGUGUAAUUUCUUUUUUGUUUGGUUUUCAGUUGCUUUUUAUCAUUUCACUUGAUGUUGUCAUUGUCGUUGUUCUUGUUGUUGUUGUCGUCGUUGUUGUUUGACGUCUUAUGUCCUCGGCGCCCAGCUGAGGGUAAGGAUGACCUGGGAGCCCUGUGGGCAAGGAGUCAUUUGGACUGAGGCACGGUGCGAAAGCUGAGACAUAUCAGUUAAACCAACACGUCAGAGAGAGUGACUUCACUCAAAAGGUGUCUUUGGAGCUCCCAUCCCACCCCCCUUCCUCAAUUCCUCGACUCUCUCUCUCUCUCUCUUUCUCUGCACUUUCUCUCUCUCUCUCUCUGCACUUUCUCUCCUUUUCUGUCUCCCUUCGUCUUUUCUGCUAUAAACUGCCCCCAUCCCCAUCCCCAUGCCCUGAUCAGACAGGGGCCAUCAGCCGAGCUCUGGUUGUCUGUUCCACAGGAGGACACAAUCGCUGCUUGUUCUCCCCUCUCCUCUCCUCUCCUCUCCACACCUCUGCCUGUGCUCUUUCUAUCUCAGAUGAGAAAAUGGAAGCUCAGCUCGUUCCCCUCCCUCCAUCCCCCUCCCUUCCCUCUAGCACCAGAGUGCAGGAUUUCAAAUCAAAGACUCCAAAGGAAGGGAGAGAAAAGAAAGGGAGUGCCCCCCCCACCCUUAACCCCACCAGCCUCAUCCUUCUUCACCCCCGCCUCAUUCCCAUCAUGCAGUACUGUAUGUAUAGUCACCAGCCGACACGACUGGCUGCGGUAAGGACCGUGUGUCGUGGCAUGACGUGCUGUGCCAUGCUGUACUGUGCCGCCCGAGGAGGGGAACGCGCCCUUGUAUCGCAAGUGUCCCCCACGGCCUCCGGGGAAACAAAUCACAAACACACACACACACACAGUCGUGCCGGGCAGCAGCCCCAUGCCACACGCACGCCCUACAGCGGCAGACGAGGGGAGAGAGAGACUCCACUCCUCUCCUCGUCUGUUUGUUUGUUUGUUCAUUAGGUCGUCUUAUUUUCCUUAUCAUCCUUUCUAUACACCAGCCCUCUUGUCGGCAUUUUCGUGUCGUCUACUUUUUUUUCCAAAGUUUUAUAUCAUCAUUUUUUUUGUUUUGUUGUUUUUUUUCUUUAUUUUUUUUCUUUGGAGUACAAAAAAUACUAAAGUGCAACGAUGAUGAUUAAAAAAGAAUUCCAACCAAACUGAGAUGAAAAUAAAUAAAUAUAUAUAAAUAAAGAAAUAAGUAAAAACUUAAA